AUGGACACUGGCGGUCUUGCUCAAAUGACCUACAAUCCGUCUUUCAAUAAUGGCAGUUCCCUUGGGGUUCCCGGGGCCAGCUUCGCGUCUCGGAGGAAAGGCUCCCAUAUCAAGCGCUUGAGCGUGCCCCCACCACACAUCUCGACCAUCGAUGAAUCCCAGCCGUCUGCGCCAAUUUCAACUCCGCGCACCAGCCGUUCGCACCUCUUGGCUGGUUUGAGGACAGCCCCCAAAUCAGCAACGAUGCCUUCUGCCUCCCAUCGCCAGCAACACCUUGGCUUGGAAGGCGAUCGAUAUGGCAAUCUUUCGAACCGAACUGCCGAUCGCGUCCCUCAAACCGCCAUGGGAACCGGAUUCCCACGUCACUCGUUAGCCUUGAAUCAGGGUAUAGACAUGAGCACAGGACGUCCCAUGUACACUUUACCGGAGCAGGUGCUCGCACCUCCGGCUAUUGACAUCGCUGGCGAUACGCAAAUUGACGAGAGCCUGUAUGCUGAACUGAUGUCGACAAAUCUCUUCUUGGCUGCUCAGCAACAGCGGUUGCAGCAGCAAUUGAUCAGUGUCACUGCGGCGGCUCAGCAGUUUCAAGGUCUCAAUCUGGGAGGACCUAUGGUCCAGCAACAGCAGGAAUAUCCUUCUAUGCCUGUCCCCAGUAUGGGAUUUUACCAACAACAGCUCCAGCAGGGCGUGCAGCCAGUGGUGCAGCCCGUUCCCGGCCAGCCAGGGCUCUACUCGGUUUACAAUCCCCUCACUGGACAGCAAAACUAUGUCUACGACAACACCUUUCAGCAGGACAGCUCGCCUUCUCCUUACCAGGAAGAGGAAACUCAAUUUCCAGCCAUGCCGGUGCCCACCUUCAGAGCCGAAGUGUCCCCACCACCCGAGUCACGCCAAUCCCCUGUCAAUGUGUCUCAACCUGUAUCUCCUCCCAGCGGCCGUUCGUCUCCGCAGGAGACUGUCCCUCUGCCUCCUCCCUCGGCAAAUGCCUUCCGUAGGGGUCACAAGAAGAGCUCGUCUUUCAGCCCAGCACUCAAGUUGCCACUUGACACGACCAAGGCCAACAGUGCUAUCACCCCUCCCGCUCCUAAGACUGCCGCAUUGCCGCAAACCCCCGCCACUGGAACGUUCGGACCCGGACAGGCUCGUGCUGGGGAGCAUCCCAUCCGUCAGCCCCGUGGACCACCGUCUCUCGAGGAGCUCAUAGCCAAGCCAACUUCCAAGCACGAAGGAAGCAAAAACUUUGCGACCCGCCAACGUCGCCGUGCUGUGCAUAACUUAGUCCGUGCAGGUAUUGAACGGCGCGGAGAGACUCGGAGUUUCGGCUGCCAUAGCAGCGGUGGUACCAAUACCCCGGCGAGCGAGAAGGAAUUCACGUUCUCUGAUGGGGAUGAUGCCACUGUUCGCAGUGGCAGCCUCUCUAGCAAGCCCAGUCUGGGUAGUCUGCGUGCUGCUGCGAAUGGAGCUAUUGGUUCUGAAAGGAAGGAGAGAUCUUCCCGAGAACGCCGAUCGCAAGAUAGCCCGUACAAUACCACUCCCAUCAGCGAGGAUGGCGGAUUCUUUGGUGGGAAGUUUGCGGAGGUUCGAGCGGACCAGGUUCCUUCUCGAACCGGAUCACCCUCGGUGGCUGCUGUCGUCGCUGGCCAGAAGACGGUAGCUCAGGGUCAGGAAAGGCGCAAGACUCCGAUGCUUGUGCUCUCCAGCGCUGAAAAGCGCAAGACCCCGAUCAUGUAA